UCACUUCCGUUGACUUCCAAUCUCCAAAGAGCUGUGGAAAAGUCAACAAUGACGAUGUUUUCUGCUGAUCGUACAGAAUUUCAAUGCGUUUAUGGAAAUCAUGGAGCCGCAGAACAAACAAUUAUUAUUCUUCACCAUGAUCCACUCCACGGCAGCCGCCGUUCUCGCAGUCAUUAUCACAAUCUCUCAACUCCAUCCUCUGUCUGCAGCAACAACGAACACGCUCAACCAAGGGGACGCCUUGAAUCCCUCUGAUUAUUUGGUUUCCACCAAUGGCCGCUUCGUGAUGGGGUUCAUGAACCGGAGCUACUUGGGGAUAUGGUUUAACUCGUCCGUUUACGAUUCCACGGGCCACCCCGUUUGGGUUGCUUCCAGAGAUCGACCUCUGUUUCAGAAUCCAGGAGCGUUGACGAUUGACACCUCUGGAAAGUUGAAAAUUCUGCAGGACGCCGGGGACCCGGUCGAGAUAUACUCCGGGAAUGGAAACCCAACUCAGGGAAACGUUUCGGCCGUUCUUGAAGAUUCGGGCAACUUGGUGAUCAAAGAAAAGGGGGAAGUUUUGUGGCAGAGCUUUGAUCAUCCGACUGAUACUCUUUUGCCCGGGAUGAAAUUGGGGUUCAGCAAUAAAACAAGGGAGGAGAAGAGAUGGAAGCUGACUUCUUGGCUGGAUGAGGAAAACCCGGCCCCUGGAGCAUUCACUGUGGAGUGGGAUUAUAGUACCCGCCAACUGCUUGUUAAAAUGCGUGAAUCAGUUUUCUGGAGGAGCGGGGUGCUAGAUGCUAACAGCAGGAAGUUUCGGGCGACUCGUGCUCGUUUCCUGGAUGAAGUGCACAGAUUCUUCAAUUUCACCACUGUUUCUGACCCGGGCGAGGAGUCCUUCAGCUACGAGUUCUAUGACGAGGGGUUGGCUCCCUGGAGGAGCAACGAGUCGCAAUGGGUUAUGGGUUAUCAAGGAACCAUACAAGACGCUCGAACUCAGAUCAUGGUUUUGUAUUUCGAGAACUGUGAUGGGAAUAGGAAUGAGGAGAAUGGGUGCGAGAGAUGGGACUCAGGGCCAACAUGCAGCCGACGUCCUGGGGAUCGGAUGCUACUGAGAGCUGCUCGGACUUUUGGAUUAUCAGAUGUGCGGAACCGUAAUCUUAAUCUAAGCUUGGCUGAUUGCAAAGAACUGUGUUGGAGGAACUGCAGCUGUAAUGGAGUUCAAGUUCGAGAUGGAGAUGCAUGGAACUUCAGAGGCUGCAUCUUUUAUACAGGCACUUUAAGUUUCCAGGAUUUGCGAGGGAAUGAAGGGCAAGUUUAUGCGAUUCUUCCAGCUCCUCCAUCUCCAAAACCAAGCAAGACGUGGAUAUGGAUCAUCGUUGGUGUCACUGGUGGUCUACUCAUAAUGGUCACAGGCUUCUUGUUGUACCUGAGAUGGAGAAGACAGAAGUUACAUGAGAAGUUUUUGAAAGAGCUGAUGACAAUAGACAGACCAAGUGAUGCAUCUCCACACGAAGAUAAUGGAAACUCAAAGGACGACAACAGUCUGCAAGUCUACACAGCUUUGUCAAUCACAAAUGCGACCAACUCCUUCUCUUUGAAUAAUAAACUUGGAGAAGGGGGAUUUGGACCCGUUUACAUGGGGAAAUUGAAGGAGGGACAGGAAGUAGCGGUGAAGAGGCUUUCGAGAACAUCAGGGCAAGGACUAGUUGAGUUCAAAAAUGAGCUCAUCCUCAUAGCUAAAUUGCAACACUCAAACCUUGUUAGGCUUCUUGGUUUCUGCGUUCAAGGAGAAGAAAGGAUGCUGGUGUAUGAAUACAUGCCGAAUAGAAGUCUGGAUUCUUUCAUCUUCGAUGAAUCGAAAAGGAAGAUGCUGGGUUGGAAGGCCCGUUUUAACAUAAUUGAAGGAAUAGCUCAAGGCCUACUUUACCUGCACAAGUACUCUAGAGUCAGAAUAAUUCACAGAGAUCUGAAAGUGAGCAACAUAUUGCUGGACAAGGACAUGAACCCCAAGAUAUCUGAUUUUGGGAUGGCAAGGAUUUUCAAACCUGAUGACGCAGCUCAAGAUAACACCAGAAGAAUUGUUGGCACUUAUGGAUACAUGUCUCCAGAGUAUGCAGCAGAGGGCACUUUCUCAGUGAAAUCCGAUGUCUACAGUUUCGGAGUCAUAGUUCUCGAAAUAGUGACCGGCAAGAAGAACCACAGGGCUUACCAUUCUGAUCGCCCCCUCAACCUCGCUGGCUAUGCAUGGGAGCUGUGGACCGAUGAUGAUAGCGAUGCUCUGGAACUAUUGGACCCAGCGGUGAACGGUUCGUCAGCUGGAGAGGAAGGUGAUGGCUGCAGAGAUGAAGCCUUGAGGUGCAUUAACAUUGGACUGCUGUGCGUGCAAAAUGACCCACGAGACAGGCCGGUAAUGGGAGAUGUACUGUCCAUGUUGACCAACGGGAGCCAGCAGCUGCCGAUGCCGCUGCAGCCGGCGUUCUACCUUGGACGAUACGGAGGAGGGACAAGCACUAGCAGUGAGAACUAUACCGGUGAAGAAGAGCACCAGAGCAAGAGACUGUUUUCAGUGAAUGAGUUAUCCUUGUCCACUAUGCGCCCACGGUAGUAGUAGACCGAGAAGCAGGAGAUUUAAUGUGAUGAACAGGGACGGCGCGUUCAAGUGGAAGCAACUGUGGAAGGUACUGGCGGAGCAAUUCGGGAUCGAGAAGCAGUGAAUGGAGGAUGCGGAGGGGCGGCGGAGAUGAUGAAGGUGAAGGAGAAGGUGUGGGCGGCGGCAGUGUUAUGUAGAAGGAAUAAGAAAAGAUGAGGGAGAAGGGUGUUUAGCAUUUUUCCUAAAAUAUAAAUUAAAAACAUUUACUUAUUUA